AAUCAUAACGAUAUGUGCAAUUUUGCCUACCAAAUAGUUCUUCUUCCUUCGUCGCGUAGGAAGGAGGCAGACCCCAACCCAAAUUGAUGGACUCCGUCGUCCCAGUCAACGGAGAGGAACGAGCUCCCCUCCUCCCUUCUCCAUCUCCUCCCUCCGCAGCCGUCGCUGAAGAUGAUCAGAUCCGACCAUGGCCGUCCGAUCACGACCCCUUCCUGCCUCUCCCCGGCGGUGCGGCUCCGCCGGAGCCCCCCGCCGCCCCUUCCGAUCCCAAGCAGCGGCUCGCCUCGCUCGACGUCUUCCGCGGCCUCACCGUCGCGCUGAUGAUUCUUGUGGAUGACGCCGGCGGGGCGUUCCCGUCGAUCAAUCACGCGCCUUGGUUCGGCGCCACGCUCGCGGACUUCGUCAUGCCCUUCUUCCUCUUCAGCGUCGGCGUAUCAGUGGCUUUGGUCUUUAAGAAAACUCCAAACAAGAUGUCUGCUACAAAGAAGGUUAUAUUGAGGACGAUUAAUCUCUUCCUCUUGGGGUUGGUACUGCAAGGUGGAUACUUUCAUGGCCGUAAUCAUUUGACGUAUGGAGUUGACAUAGAUCGAAUACGGUGGUUAGGUAUAUUACAGAGGAUAUCAAUUGGAUAUUUUUUAGCAGCAUUGUCUGAGGUCUGGCUCGUUAGCAGUAUACUGGUGGAUUCUCCUAUGUCUUAUGUGAAGAAAUACUACAUGGAAUGGAUAAUUGCCAUCCUAAUAUCUGCAACGUACGUUUGCUUGCUUCUGGUUCUCUAUGUUCCAAACUGGCAAUUCGAAGCUCCAGGCAGCAAUUCCACCCUAUCAAGUUCCUAUUAUGGAACCAAAAUAGAAACAGUGCAAUGCGGAGUAAGGGGUAGUCUCAGCCCUCCUUGCAAUGCUGUUGGCUCAAUAGAUCGGCUUCUUCUUGGUCAACAACACCUUUAUCAUAAUCCAGUAUAUAAAAGGACAAAGGAGUGUAGUGCUAAUUCUCCAGAUUAUGGGCCACUACCACCAAACUCACCCGCAUGGUGCCUUGCCCCAUUUGAUCCUGAGGGUCUGUUAAGUUCAUUGAUGGCUGCUGUAACAUGCUUUGCUGGAUUGCAUUUUGGGCACCUAAUUGUGCAUUUUAAGAGUCAUGCUCAAAGAAUUCUGCUGUGGUCCAUCACCUCAUUGAUACUUGUGCUCUGUGCAUUUGUUGUGCAACUAUCAGGUAUGCCUUUUAGCAAGCCAUUGUACACAUUGAGCUACAUGUUUCUUACCGCAGGAGCUUCGGGCUUUCUAUUUAUUCUAAUAUAUUACAUUGUCGAUGUAAAUCAGUUAAAAAUGACUUUUAUUUUGUUCCAGUGGAUGGGAAUGAAUGCACUAAUUGUUUAUAUUUUAGCUGCUUCUGAGCUAUUCCCAGCAUUUAUUCAAGGAUUUUAUUGGCGUUCACCACAAAACAACCUGGUGAAUGCCACAGAGUCAAUACUCCAGACCAUCUUCCACUCCAAGAGAUGGGGCACUUUGGCAUUUGUUCUACUGGAGAUCUUGUUUUGGUGCCUUGCUGCUGGCUUCCUGCACAUGAAAGGUAUAUACAUCAAGCUGUAAGCUUUGCCUCUGUAAGUUGUAGUCCAUCUGCAAAUAAUACUUUUUCCAUUCAAGCAACACCAUACAUUGUGAAAGACACAUCUUUCAGUUCUUUUGUUGUAUGAUAUCUCAAGUCUUUUGUUCCACAUAUAUUAUGUAAUGAUCCUUUAGCUCUAA